AAACUACAUAAUAAAUAUAUAUAUUUAAAUUUCAGGAUCAGAUUUACACUUUAAUGAGUCAUAAAUUGAUUUGAGUUGUUUGUCUCGUACUCUUGCAUAAAUAAAUGGGUGGGUAUGUAUUCUUGUAUCCCUCGCCAGGCUCUAGGGAGGGUGGAGACUCCCCUUAAAGGAUCAGUGUGGGUGAGACCUCCCAGUAAGUGAUCACUGUAGAGGGCGGGACUAUGGAGGAAAAGGGAAGACCUGACAGACAGGCUUCACGGGGAGCUGUGGUCACACACAUUCCCACAAACCUUGGAGAGUGUGCUUCCACCAACUGGCCGUAGUCCUAGAGUAGACUUGAUGAAAAGAAAAAGGGAGGGAAAGUUUGAGGCAUUAUAGCAAACCUAGAGAGUAGUACAUGUGAAGCUUGUUGCUUGCAGGUUGGAGUCAUUCCGCUCGGAUUGCUAGGUGUCUGCUGUCAUUCAAGUCUUUUUUUAGUGCUUUAUUUUUACCCUAGGACAGCUUUCUUGCACAACGUGCCACAAGUGUGCAUGCUUCUUCCUGCUGUCUGCAAGUAAGCUUGUGUGUGUUUCAUCUGAGUCUACUUGAAACCAAGCCAUGGCCGACACAGACUUCAAACUGGAGCGUGCCGUCUUCGCCGAAGUCUCUGAUGACGAUGAGGAGGUCGCCUUGGUGCCUUCUGCAACCAAACUUGCCACCACCUCCAAGGUGUUCAAAUCAAAACGAGUUGAUGAUGAUGAUGAUGAUGAUGAUGAUGAUGAUGACGAUGAUGAUCCAGUGGAAGAGGUGGACCUGGUGUUGGGGCCAGGACUCGAUGGAGGUGGCAGUGGUGAGGCCCAGAAAUUUGAGGCCGAGGCUACCGGCAUGAAGGUCCUGGCACUCCUAGACAAGAUCAUAGGUGUGGUGGACCAGAUCCAGCAGACUCAGACAGGCCUCGAGGCCAAGCAGGAGACCAUGGAGAAGAAUAUGAGCAGCAUCCAGAUGGAGCUGGCCAAGCUGGCGAAGAGUCAUGUUGGAACAGCUGGGACGGUCAACAAGCUCCUGGACAAGGUGCGGAAGGUGAACGUCAACGUGAAGAGUGUGCGCACAGAUCUGGAGAAGCAAGUGGGACGGAUCAAAAAACUGGAGAACAAUGAACAUGAGCUACUCAAGAGGAAGAACUUCAAAGUGCUCAUCUUCCCGGACAAGGUAAAACCUGUGAAGGUCUCUAAGAAGCCAGUGGCUGCUGGAGAGGAAGGAGAGCAGGUGCUGAGUGAAGGAGCAGAGGAAGACCAUGGCACUGAAGAGGAAGUUGAGGUUGAGGAGAUCAUAGAGGAAUCUCGUGCUGAACGCAUCAAACGCAGCGGCCUCCAGAAGGUGGACAAGCUGAAGGUAGCCUUCAGCAAGGAGCAGAUGGAGAAGACCAGACAGAAAACCAAGGAGAAUCUGGAGAAAACCCGACAGAGAACUAAAGAGAACCUGGAAAAGACACGUCAGAGAACCCGAGAGAACCUUGAGAAGACCAAGAAGAGCUUGGGCAAGAAGAUGGGUAAGCUAGGAACAAAGAUGACGCCUAACACUGAACGCCGCGAGAAGAUCCGCAGCUCCAGAGAGAAGAUGAAGAAGUCACUGACGCCCGAUCACACCGUCUACGCCCGCUCCAAAUCAACCACCUACCGUGUACCACCUUUCACCUUCCACGUCAAGAAGAUCCGUGAGGGUGAGAUCGAACCCACACCAGAACCAGAGGAAGAGGAGGAGGAGGAGCAGGUGGAGCAGAAUGAGGAGGUGCAGGAGGAAGGAGGUCUAGUGUCCAGGGUGGAGGAGAGUGUCCUGGUCAAUCUUGACAGCCUGGAGAUGGAGGCCUUACUAGAGGCAUCUGAUCAAUCACGGCUGGCGUUUCAGGAGACGGUGAGGCCGAGGGAGAAAGCUGGCCAGUAAAUCCAACAUGCUGAGCGCUGGGAAAAAUAAUGUGGAGGUCUGGAGAUAAAUCAGGCUAAAAGGAUGUAGGGAACCGAGAUGUGCUUGAGGUCGGAAUAAAGAGCAAAUGAAGUCGACUGGACCUUUGGCUGAACAUUUGGUUUGUCUGUUUCUUACUAUCCUCUCAACCCCAAGGUUGCAUUUUUUGUUUUAUUUUAUUUUGUUCAAUUGUAAAUUUUUACAUUGAUUACUGGUUAAUUUUGUGUCAAAUAAAAAAGAUCAAAUCAUUUCAAAUUUGAUUCCCAAGACUUAAUUUACAUUUAAAAUCUAAUCAUAUUUUCAUAAACACUCUCAUGGCAAUUAGUUUCUGUAUUAGACAUUUAAUUUUAAUUUAUUCAUUUGUAAUCAAGGCUACCCGGGUGCAGCCAAAUGUGUCCAAUAUAUAUUUAUAUUAAAGUGCCUAUAUUUCAUGAACACCUUGUGUUCUUUGUACUAUCAUGUGACGUGAUGUCUGCUUAUUUCAACAGUAUGAAUUAAAAGCAGGCUCUAUGCGUCUUGUAGAACAUCUGGGCUUUGUUUUAAUGUCAUGAAUGAACUGUUGGAAGCCGUUGAAAGGGAAAACUUCAGGGUGCUGGAAAGUAUGUUGUCUGUUGGAAAUAUUGUUGUGAGGGAAGGUAAAUAGAAAAAUAUUCUAAUUAAAGUGAAAAUGGAAAGAAACCGUUGCAAAUAACUACUGACUGGACUUUUUUCUUUGAAAACUGAAGGUUUCAGUAAUGACGUGGAUUCUGGGGAGCUGUUUUAUGGUGUAAACACCGAUCUGAAUGUAAUCCAAGCUCCAAAGGUUUUAAAUGCUUCACUCUCUGACUCAGACUUUAUGGAAAUUACUCAUUGCUUCAAAUGACAUCCAGAGAUGGUGUAAUGUAAUAUUUUAUCUAUAUAUGUAAAGAAUAAGCUCUUAAAGCCUAUAAGAUCAAGUGAAAUAUCAGUUUUAUUCAUUUUGAGUUAUAUUCAUUUGACUGUUUGCCUUGUUUGAAUAUAUACACUUUAACAAGUUCAAAGUAAGGCUAUUAACUUUCAUAUAUACACGAAUAUAGUAUUACGUGAAGGUCUGAAUGAAGCUGCUUAUGGCUCUGCUGCUAUCCUUGAUUUGUGGCUGUAGAAAUGGAUUUUAGGCGUAGAUUGAUUGUAAAAACAAAUAAAAAUGUCCUCCUUUCUGCUGUGA